CAUCACUCUAGCAACCUCUAGGGUGCUGUCAGUCCGCGUUCCCAAACAAAGUUUACAUCGGGAUUGUUUUCAUUUCUAUGCUGGAUGGAUAUAGAAGAUUUUUUGAAACCCCAACUGUUCCGCUGAGUCCACAAAGCUAGAGGAAUUAGAGGGCUACUUUUUUCUGUUUUAAAAAUAUGUCACGGUCAAUUGGAUUGAAACCAACGUGAGCUUGUUGGAAAAGACAAGGAAGUAAAAUCUUCGGAAUUCCACCAACUUCACCUGUCCAUGUCCAAUCAUUGCUGAUGAAGACUAGUGGCGGAUGUCUACUGGAGAAUAAGGAAUCCAGAAAAGUAUUGUCACAUCUGUCGAAACGUUGGCUACUCUGUCUCUUUUAGUUUCCUUCGUGUUGGUUACAUUGUUACUGGAACUUUCCCGUGUUUUGUGUUCUACAGACUGUAUCUCCAUUGACUGAUAAGACACACAUAGUUAUCAACAAGUGGUUGUGUUGCAUUGUGAUCUACAACAAUAGAAACUUUGGACCAUCACUCCUGAGUUUCUUAUGGUCACUUCUGUGGCUUAGCUUCCGCUUUCAUAAACCUGACCGCUUGGAUAGUAAUGAGAUAGCAUUGUUGGACCCGCGUGUAUCCUACUUUACCUACCUCUCCACGGUUUCAGGCACUGAGGACUGAGUUCAAAUUUUCAAAACUAUUUUCCCAAUAGCCAACAGUGUGCAACGUUAGGUGAGUCAACACAAUCAUUUUCGAGGCUGAUUUCACCUCGUCAGUGACACCUGUUGCUAUUCCGUGAGCGUCAGGUAGCUGCUAGUGAGAAGCCUACACGACUGAAACUGGUGUUAUAAGUUUACUCAUGUAGAUUCUAAACACGUUGUAAGGAUAUCGCAUGUGAACGGCGACAUGAAAGUAACCGUGAAUUUCGGAAGAACUCGCGUAGUUGUUCCAUGCAAGGAUGGCUGGUUUGUACGGGAUCUUAUGGAACAGGCUACCCAAAGAUACAGGAAGAUUGCCGAACAGGAUGGGGAGGUGCGCGUGCGGACACACCACGUGGAGUACGCCGACGGGGGGAUCCUGGACCCAGAUGACAUGCUGACUGACCUGGUGGAGGACCGCGACAAGCUGGUUGCAGUGUUUGAGGAGCUCGACGUCCAGCAGAGGGCAGCGGUGAGCCCGGGGGGCAGCGUGGCGUCCGGACGCUCCAGCUCCCCUGAACGGCCCGACCCGGAGAUCAGCGCUCUGAUGCCGGCCAGCGGCAGUGAGAUCGAGGUGACCAGCUCAGCCCUCAAGUCCAAUACUCCUCUGUUGGUGCGGAGCAGCAGUGACUCAGCUCUGGCCGUGCCACAGGAGCUGGAGGUCCCAGAUCCCAGACGCAGCCCUGACAGCAGCCCGCCACCCCCGCCCCCAGCCCUGGCACCGCCCCCACCCCCAGCCCUGGUCCUGGCCCCGGCCCCAGCCACGGGGGACAGCCAUGCUGCUGUGAGCCAGCCCCAGAGUAAGGGUGGAGCCAUGGAGAGAAUGAGGAACCCCAAGAUCCACCACAGUACCAUGACAAGGACAGUGGAGUUCUCAGGAGAUCUGGGACCGCUGGGAAUCAAAGUGGUGCCAUACUGCUCCUCGCUCAGCGGAAGGUCCCUCGGUCUUCAUGUGUGUGGGCUAGAGGAUAGCGGCCGCGCCAAAAGGGAGGGCAUCUUUCAGGAGGACGAGUGUAUCGUCCAGAUCAAUGACACUCCGCUAAUGGACAAGUCAUUCACCCAGUCGCAGGAGGUCUUCAGGCAGGCGAUGACCGCUCCCUCUCCGGUGCGUUUGGAGGUGCUGCCCCUGUCCAACAAGCUGCGCUACGAGAAGAGCCUGAUCAGCCAGCUGUUCACCGGCGACGGCUCCGGCGCGGAGAACUUUGCCAAACCCCGCAGCCCUCUGCUGCUGCGCCCCAAGCUGGAGGCCCUGCGAGAGACCCCCGACGCCACGCCGCCCCCUCGCUCCCCAGAUCUGCCCGCCGCCGCUCCCGCCGUCGCCCCCGGCCCAGCUCCAGCACCAGCCCCUGUUGCCCCGGUUGUUCCCCCGGUUGUUGCCCCUGCCCCUGUGCGGGCCGCCACCCCUCAGAGGGAGGAGCCCCCGGUCAGAAGCACCCCCGAGCUGCCGCGCUCCGCCUCGUCCACGCCGCCCCGGGCCUCCUCGGCCUCGCCCACGCUGGCCAAGGGCCGCAGCGACAGCCCCCUGUCCAAGAAGGGCCCCGCCGGGCUCUCCACGCUGGUCAACCUGGCCAACAAGAAAGGAGGGAAGAAGAUGAAGAUCGACCUGAAGAAAGGCACUGAAGGUUUGGGUUUCACCGUGGUGACGCGGGACUCCUCGGUGCACGGCCCCGGGCCCAUCCUGGUCAAGAGCAUCCUGCAAAAAGGCGCCGCCAUCAAAGAUGGACGGCUGCAGUCGGGCGACCGCAUCCUGGAGGUGAAUGGCGUGGACAUCACAGGGCGCACUCAGGAGGAGCUGGUGGCCAUGCUGCGCAGCACCAAGCUGGGGGAGAGCGUCUCCAUGGUGGUGGCCCGGCAGGAGGAGAUGUUCCUGCCCAGAGAACUGAAAGGGGAGCAGACAGGUGUGCCACUGUCGGAGGAGGGUCGGGAGCAGCUGAUGUUCGAGGUGCCCCUGAGUGACUCCGGCUCGGCUGGCCUUGGGGUCAGCCUCAAAGGCAACAAGUCCCGCGAGACCGGUGAGGACCUGGGCAUCUUCAUCAAGUCCAUCAUCCAUGGAGGAGCCGCCUAUAAGGACGGCCGGCUGCGCGUGAACGACCAGCUCAUGGCCAUCAACGGCGAGUCGCUGGUGGGCCGCUCCAACCACGACGCCAUGGAGACGCUGCGGCGCUCCAUGUCCAUGGAGGGCAACCUGCGCGGCACCAUCCAGCUGCUGGUCUCGCGCUCCUCCCCCGCCCAGGAGCCCGUGGAGGUCAUGUCCAAUCAGAAUCUGCGCCCCGAGAGUCCUCAGCUCAGUCAGCCGCCGAUGGUUGUCAACAGCAUUUACGACAGUGCGCCAGCAUCUCUUCGAUCCUCCAAUGGCAGUUAUGAGCCUCCGGAGGAAGACUAUGAUGAUGGGGGUUUCCCCCCUCCUCCGUCACACCUGAUGGUGGAAUCCAACAUGCCUCAGGCCACAUAUGAUGCAGAGAGGGGGCCCAGAGAACACUCACCCUACUCAUCUUAUCGGCUGCCUGAGCAACAACCACAGAGCCUACCCAACUACAACAGGAACUCCAAGAGCAUGGACCUGGUGCCCGAUGAGAGCAACGUUGGAUCUCUGGCCGGACCUGCUGCAGGUGCUGCAGCCGGUGCCGGCGAGGCGCUCGGGCCGGGCCUGGGCCUGCAGAAGUCCAGCUCCCUGGAGAGCCUGCAGACGGCCAUGGCCGAGGUGGGCAAGGCGGAGGUGCCCUUCCACCGGCCCGCCACCCACAUGGUGCGCGGCCGCGGCUGCAACCAGAGCUUCCGCUUCGCCAUCGACAAGUCCUACGACGGCCCUUCGGAACCUGACGACGACGACUACUCCGACGAGACCUCUGGCGGAGACACGCCCAGCCAGGAGCUGGACGACGGAGGGAAGAAGAAAAAGAAGAAGAAAAAGAAGGACAAGAAAAAAGACAAAAGCAAAUCGGACGACCCGGAGAAGAAGCCCAAGAGGAAAUUCGGUUUACUCAGGUUCGGGAAGAAAAACAAAGACAAGGCUAAAGGCAAGCUUGAAGCUCUGAGUGAGGAGGAAUUGGACCGCAAGACUGAAGGCUCAAGGAGUGAGGUGGACAGCCCCACUCCAGACCGGGUCCUGCUGCCGGACGUGGAGGACGACGACCUGGACCCCAACUACGCCCGCAUCAACAACUUCCGCCAGCCGCCUGUGUCCGCCGCCGCUGUCGCCCAGUCCCCUUACCUGGCGCACGCCCCCUCCCCCACCCUCGCCCAUGUCCCCUCACACAGCCGGGAGUCGUCCAGCGAGGACCCGCGCGAGGGCCUCUACGCCAAGGUCAACAAGCAGAGAGCCCCACCCUCGGCCGUGACGGACAGUAAUGGGGAGCGGUUGCAGCAGAUCAGGCGAGACCUCCAGCACAUGCGCUCAGCUCCGGCUUACGAGGAGGUGGAGUCUCUCCGUCGGCCCCCGCAGGACUACGACCCCUCACGGAUUCCAAUGAGUGCUGCUGACCAGCGGAUGGCUCCCAGAUAUGAAGAUGUGUAUGCUCACCAAAGGCGGAUGCCAGCGGUGGACGAUCGCGCUCCGCAGCCCUAUUCCCCUAAGAGGGAUCCGGCCAGGUACCCGGCCCCCGCGCCGCAGUACAACUACCCGCCGCAGCGCGAGACCUACCAGCUCAACUACCAGCCGUCCUACCCGCUGCGCGAGAGCUACUCCAUGCCCGACAGCUACCCCGGGCGGCAGGUGCAGCAGGCGCCGGGGUCUCCGCGGCUGCCCGUGCCGCGCUCGGCCGAGCUGGAGCGCCGCUACCGGCCCUCGCCCGCCUACCCGUCGCCGCCGCCCGUCCACCGGGUGCCGCUGCGCCAGGACGUGCCGCCCUCGUCCUCGCCCACGCUGGCGCUCCGCGGCGCGCCGCGCUACGAGCAGGUGGCGCGGGGAGGGUACCGCACGGCCAGCCCCGACCGCUACGGAGCGUACGGAGAGGCCAGCGCACAUCCGCAGGACCCGCGGCAGAAGAACUCGCUCAUCGGGGCCGUGUAGAGAGAGGAGGGAGGAGAGAGAGAUUGUUACCAUGUGAUAAUAUAGCAGUAUGUUAAUAUGAACAGUUGUUUUGUGGGCAUGUCUGUGUGUGUGUUUGAGAAAGAGAGAAAGAAAGAAAGAAAGACAGAAAGAAGGGAACAAAUGAACAGAUGGGAUUUGAGAAUGAUGGAGGGAUGGAGAGAGAUGGAGAGAAGAGAGGUCAGAGAGGGUCAGUAGCCCACACUGGAUGGCCUGAGUGUUCGUGUCCUGCACUUGUGCGUCUGGGUAUGCGUUUGCAUCAGUGGUGUCUUGACUGUGACCCCCUUGAGAAUUGUCUCAAAAUGCAUGCAUUUCCCUCGCUCAGGUGUGUGCGUUUACUGUAUGUUAUAUAGACUUAUAGAUUUGUUUUGCCACAUAAAUGCGUCAUCUUAAAUGUGUACUUUAUCUCUUGGUCUGUUGGGUCUCUCGUGUGUAAGCUGUGAAUUAAUCAUCAAACCAUACCGAUACUGCCAAUGAAUCUCAUGUUUUUAAGUCUGUGCCAAUGUAGUUUUGUUGUGUACUGAGACAACAAACAAAUGAACAUAAACGCAUCCUUUAAGAACUUACAAUACUAUCGGUGCCUUAAUCAGCCUGUACAGUGUGAUGGAAUUGUGUACAUACAGUAGUUCUAUGUUUGUGUAAUCGGGAAAGGUCUAUGUUAUAUAAGGUGGUGUUUAUUUUAGGUUUAGUUCUAUAAAUGUAACAAGCCAACAAUGUUGUUUCCUACUGUUACCUUGGUGAUGUGAGAUGAACUUGAGGUUAUUUUAGACUAUUGUGACUCUAUUUCCUUAUUUAAUGAUGAGAGGAAGUCUAUGUGUACUUAGGGUGCUGUGUGUGUGUGUGUCUCUUCCUACAACAACUCAAAGUCUGUUGAAACAUUGAAGGUACCAGUGACCCCUUCCAUAUAUGCUUCCCGUGUCUAUGUAUGUGUGUGUGUGUGUGUGUGUGUGUGUGUGUGUGUGUGUGUGUGUGUGUGUGUGUGUGUGUGUGUGUGUCUCGCCCUGCUCUUUUAACUCGCCCGCAGAACAAAGAGGAGAUGUAGGUGGUAAGCUAACAAGAUCACAGAGGACCUAAAGGUUUCCACCAAAGGGAAAUGGGCAGGAAAACUACGGCCGACCCCCAAAACAGCCUCCCACCUCUUUGCCCUUGGGUGGGUUUGAGGUCAUGUUUUCCCUUUGUUUCUUGUGAUUUUGGUUUUAAUUAUUUUAAAUGUAUAGCUGUCUUUUUUUCCCCUUCUCUUCAGUGCCUUUUUUUGUAACAAAGUCUCCUAUAGUGUCCCCCUUUGGGGUUUGCCGGUAUUAUAUGAAGGGUUUUUUUUUCUUUAAAUAUGUUAACGCUCACUCCAGUCACAGGGAAAUGGAGCCGGUUUGGAACAUCUCUGUAACACACUGUAUUUAUUUAUCAAACUUGGAGAGCAGGGAGCGAUGCAAUCCCAGGUGGACUUCAUUCUCUUCUCCAUACAAUAGAUAUAAAUAUCACUCUAACCUUUUCUAUGGUUUAUGUCUUAUCAUAAAUGGCUAUCAAAAUGUAUUCCCUACUCUGUACGUGCAACACUUUAAAUUGUGGGUUGUCCUGCAUGUUUUAUAUAUUGCAAUUUACAUUAAAUAUCCC